UGGAGAAAAACCUGGAUGGCGCUUUUCAAAGCCAGCUCCACAGGCGUGGGCCGACUGGAGCUCUCCAACGUCUCUGACGGCUACUAUCCCGGCGAUCAGAAGAGGUCAGGUCGGCAGAAAAGCACAGAGAAGAAAGUGGUGCGCUUGAGCGACUGCCUCAGUGCCACCCCUGCUGUGAAGGAGUCCUGUCCCUCCGGGUGCACGGCGUUCUGUCUGAACACCACACAAUCCAGCUACACGUUCGCCUCCAGGACGAGCGAGGAGUGGCUCAGCGCGCUCUGCCUCCUUGCCUUCCAGGGAGAUCCUGGAGAAACAGACGGAGGGGAUUUCGAAGGAGGAAACAGCUUAGCCAUGGAGGACAAUGAACUUUACUCAAGUUGGAGCAAAGAUCCGACUCUUCCUCCGAAACAGUUCAAAGUGAAGAUCAAGAGCACGACAGCAUCCAAGAGGUGCAAACUGGCCGGGGAGUAUGUGAUGUCCUCGGAAGCAGAGGCUCUGGUGAUGUUCAGCAUGGACACCGGCGACAUCAUCUUCCGCUGGCCUUACAGGCUCCUCCGCAGAUUCGGAAAAGUUGAGGGUGGAUUCAGCAUUGAAGCAGGCCGCCGUUGUGAGUCAGGAGAAGGACUGUUCAUCUUCCUGACCCGCCACGGCCUCUGUAUCUUUCAAGCCAUAGCCAAACAGUGUUCGCUGGAGAUUCCAGCCGACGUUGAGCCGGUCAGUGAGCACCGGAGAUCACUCUGCGACCUGACUCCUGCUAUCCCAGCAGCUGCUGCAGGCCGAUCUUUCGAUCGUCCGGAUGUCGACGCAGACUCAGACGACGACUCUGACGGCCACUACUCUCUGAUUAAUGAGCCAGCGCAAAAAAUCAAGCCUAAAAGUUUUCUGAAAUCUAAUUCAAAGGAGAGACCCAGUGAAGAUGAGGAAGAGUAUGGACUGCGUCUGUCAGUGGAGGCUCUGAACCUGGAAAGCCUCAUAGAUGACAGUGUUUACUACAACCUGCAGAGGGAUGCUCCUCCCCUGACGCUAAAAACUGAGAUAGAUGAUUUCGAUUCAAUUUAUUCAGAUGUAAAAAUCAGUAACUCCCCCUUAGACCCCCAACUCGAGUCUUUGUACGCCAUAGUGGCCCCUCCUGUGCCCCCGCCGCCCCCCUCCUUCAGUCUAUGCACCGUACCCAAACGGCGAAGUCAAUUUCUGUCCCCAAUGGACAACCAGCCAGAGCACAAUAAGGCACAGCCGGCAGACGACACGAGGGAGGAGGAGGAUGCCACCAGCUCCGUGACUCGAAACCCCCCCACAGAGAUGCCUGGCACUUUUAAACACAAGCUGGCAGAAAUCCUCUCAAAGGACGUGGCAAAACUUCAGCCACCUCUUCCCUUUGGAGGGGGCGGCUCCUCCUUCUCCCAGUAAUCUCUCUGAACAGCAGACGAGCCAGGAUGAAAACUUUCACCGUCGCAGACGUCACGGGACAUCAUUAGUUUCUUUGCUGAGAGCGAUUUACUGCAUUCUACGUCUACCGGCUAUAAUUAUUCUUAAAAGAUUCAUGCAAAAACUGUUCUGUUGUUAAACUCAUUCAAGUCUUCAAAGAAAAAUCUUUUCAUCAUUUUUUUCUGCUUUUUCUCAGACAGUACAAUGUUUUCACUGAGGCACAAUAAAAAAAAGACAUGAAACGAAUUAUUGUUGUAAAUCCACUCCAAAAAUAACUUCAAGUGCACAUUUAUACCAUAAUUAUAUAUUUAUUAUAGCAAA